AUGCAAACAGCUCAAGGGCCUACAUGCAUCUGUGAUGAAGGCUUUAUAGGGACAAAUUGCAAUGAACAAGGUUUUGAUUUUUAUCGUCGAACUCAGCUUAUGCCUGGACUUGCUGAUCCAGAUAUUCUUGCAGUCAGCGACGAUUUAUUCUUCUUAACGGGUACUUCCAACGCUCUGGUCUUACCGAUCUAUCAAUCUACUGAUCUGGUCAAUUUUCAAGUAAAAUAUACCUAUGAUCCCUCGGUUUCCGAUCCUAUGUAUAAAUACUGUUUAAUUUGGGCUCCUGAUCUCUCAAAGCAUGGUACUGGCUAUGAUUUAUAUUUCUCCGCUCAACGCGUAUCAAAGGGUGCACCAUGUCCAGCAAAUGGACAAGAUGUGACCACAUUUCUUGCAAGAGCAUCCGACGAUAAUCUAAUCUUUGGUGCGCCGGUACUCGUGGAUUUUGGGACCGGGGCACCUAAAGGAAGAAUUGCUGCAGAUUGUAAUAGUGAUGGAUGUCUGAAAACAGUUCGAAUCGAUUCUGCUGUAGUUGGUCCUGAGAAUGAUCGCUGGUUCUUUUAUGUAUGGUUCCCAGGCGGAAAUAAUAUAGCUUCAUUUCCAUUCAAUUCACCAACUGCAAUAAUCGCCAAUGCUGGUCCUGCUUCCUUCCCUAUUCCCUCUAGUGAUGAAAACAUCAACGAAGCACCUGAAGUAUUCUGGCGCGACGGACAGUAUUAUUUCUUCCUUAGUAUGGCAUUCUUCGAUAGUCAAUAUGCAAUGUCCUAUGUCAUGGCACCAACCAUCGCCGACCUAACGCGCAGACGUGUAGUGCGUACUCAUUCUAUUGCUCAACGAAAUUCAGCAGGAAAACUCGUUCAAAGCCAUGGACACAAUUCCAUAGUUAUGCGACGACGUCAGUUCUUUAAUGUAUUUCAUCAAGGCAUUUUUGAUAGUACAGGACGCAUGACCGGAAGAAGCACUUUUAAGCAACGUCUCGCAUUUCGACCGGAUGGAUCAAUACAAACACUGAACACCGUCGAUAUACGUUGGACUCAACUUCCUUUAUAUCAAUAUUCUGUUGAUGUGGUAAAGAGAGAUGGAUCAGCAAUUGGUCCUUGUGUCGCUAUGAAUCGCAUUGGAGCUACACUGGGAACGACAUAUGUAGGUGUCUGUCCAGAUAGUGGCAAUCAAUUGGUUGACAAGGGUGAUAUUGUUGCCUUCCGAUUAUUUUAUUCGAUGAAUAACAUAUGGAGAGAUUUUGUCGAAGCAAAAUAUGAUGGAGUGUCGGAUCAAUUAGCCUUUUAUUUACCAGGUGGCAUUACAAAACAAAUAGUCCUUCGUUGGAAUGAACGCAUCACCGGUACAAAAUAUUCUCUAGAUAUUCGUCGUAGAGAUGGAACUUGGAUUACUCCUUGUGUCGGUGAUGUAAUUAUUGGUAGCAACAUUGAAUAUGUCUUUGAUGGUAAUUGCCACAUGGCUAAGAUUUUUGUCGAACCACAUGACAUUACAUAUAUUCGCAUGUGUUCAGCUAUAAACAACGAUUGGGCAAGAGCAAUUUGUGGAGGUGUGCCUUAUGAUGGAAAGACGAUCCAUGUAUCCAUUACUAUUCCAUAA